CGGCGGACUCCAUUCUAGGCACAAAUUAUAAUCACGUCACAUGAGGCUCUAUAUGGUCUUCGGGUAAGUCUCCGAAAUGUUCGGAGGCCAUCAUUUCGGAGUUUCACGGACUUAAGCUAAGAGCUCCGCUGGCAUCAUCGUGCCAGUGUGUCUACAUUUAGUCUCACUUGAGGGUUAGUCGACAAACAUGGACGUAGUGUAAACGCCGAUGUGUGAUUGCUAAAGAGGGGGGGCGAGGCAUUGCCGGGUAGGGAGUAUAAAGGCAGGCGCGUUUCGAUCAAAACCCGCCCAGCAACGACAACACGAACCUCACGAACACACGUGACCACAGUAAGACCGUCAGACUAGAGUAUUUCAACAUCCAACUCAAUCAGACCUGGCGUCAACCAUGGCUUUCCCCGCACCACCCAAACCCACUUCAGUCCUCGGCCGCCACCGCAUCCUUUCCCCCACCGCCGGCGCUCGCGUCUCGCCCCUCUGCCUUGGAGCUAUGAACUUUGGUGACGCCUGGAAAUCCGCCCUCGGAGAAUGCACCAAAGACACCGCCUUCGCCAUGCUCGACUAUUUCUACAGCCAGGGCGGCAACUUCAUCGACACGGCGGUCAACUAUCAGUUCGGCGAGAGCGAGCAGUGGCUCGGCGAGUGGAUGGAAGCACGCGGGCGGCGUGACGAGAUGGUCAUCGCGACGAAGUUCACUGGAGGCCAAUAUCCGCAUCUGGGGGACAAGGUGAUCCAGAGCAAUUUCAGCGGGAACGGGAGUAAGAACAUACACACGAGUGUCAAGAGGAGUUUGAAGAACUUGCGAACUGACUACAUCGAUCUUUACUACGUCCACCUCUACGACCACACAACCUCCGUCCCAGAACUCAUGCACACCCUCAAUACCCUCGUCUCUCAGCGCCUGGUCCUCUACCUUGGCAUCAGCGACACCCCCGCCUGGCUCGUCGUCAAGUGUAACGACUACGCGCGCCAGCACGGUCUGCGCCCCUUCAGCGUAUACCAGGGCCGCUGGGGCGCCGGCUGCCGCGACCUCGAGCGCGAGGUCAUCCCCAUGUGUCUCUCGGAGGGCAUGGCCAUUGCACCCUGGGGCGUGCUCGGAGGAGGCUCCUUUAAAAAGGCCGAGGACAAGGAGAAGGAAGGCACGCGCGCGCUGCCGGUAGGGUCGAAGUCGCGCGACGAGCAGGUCCGCAGCGUGCUGGAGAAGGUGGCGGAGAAGAAAGGAACGGGGGCGACGAGCGUGGCGCUUGCAUACGUCUUGCACAAGGCGCCCUACGUGUUCCCCAUCAUCGGCGGGCGCAAGGUGGACUACCUAAGCCAGAACAUCGAGGCGCUCAAGCUGCAGCUGGACGCCGAGGACAUGGCGACGAUCGACGCGGCGUACGGCUUCGAGAUCGGCUUCCCGCAUGACUUCCUCAGCGGCGGGAACAACAUGGUGCUCGGGCCGGAGCACAAUGCGUUCAACGGGCGGGGAGGAUAUUUCGAUUACCCCGAGGGCGUGAAGCCAACGCGACCGCACGAGGGGCCGCUGGACAGGCAGGUAGCGAGCUUGCCAUUCGCGCAGGCGAAGGCCAAGAAGGAAGGCGAAGAGAAUUUCUGAGGCGUGGACGGUCGGAAAAGACGGUUGCGACGUGCGACGUGCUCGCUUUUGUGGAGGCGUUACG